AUGGCGAUCCCGAUGCGGAGCCGGCAGAGCAGCAACACAAGCAUUGGCGAGUAUAACACAUUUCGCAACCGUACACAGCGCCGGUCAUUCACAAACCCCACAUGGGAUGCCGAGGCUGCUUUCGAUGUUGUUGAUUCAGAUAUGCUCGUGGACGUUUCAGUCUAUGAUCAUGGCCUGAAUGGGGAGGAAUUUCUAGGACACGUUGACUUCCAGGCCAAGCAGACGGACAGCAAUGAUCCCGUCAGGGGCUGGUUUGCACUGAAAGGGCAUGCUGACACAAUGGUUGAAAAUGCCCCGACUGGUGAAAUAUACGUUGAAGCCAUUUACCAACGGACCGAGCGAAAGCACUUCGGGCCCGAGGACUUCCAAAUCUUACGACUGAUUGGCAAAGGCACCUUCGGCCAAGUAUACCAAGUACGAAAGAAGGACACGAAGCGGAUUUAUGCGAUGAAGGUCCUCUCGAAGAAGGUUAUCGUACAGAAGAAGGAGGUGGCUCACACUGUUGGCGAACGCAAUAUUCUUGUCCGAACAGCCACAUCAGACUCACCAUUCAUUGUUGGUCUGAAGUUCUCUUUCCAGACGCCAUCUGACCUGUAUCUGGUUACCGACUACAUGUCCGGAGGAGAGCUGUUCUGGCAUUUGCAGAAAGAGGGGCGUUUCGAUGAAAAGCGUGCCAAAUUUUACAUUGCUGAACUCAUCCUGGCAAUUCAACACCUUCACAACAACGACAUCGUUUAUCGCGAUUUGAAACCUGAGAAUAUUCUCCUGGAUGCUAAUGGCCAUAUCGCGCUCUGCGAUUUUGGAUUGUCGAAGGCCAAUCUCACAAAGAACGACACAACCAACACUUUCUGUGGAACCACCGAAUACCUGGCACCUGAAGUGCUCCUAGACGAAGCAGGUUACACGAAAAUGGUUGACUUUUGGUCUCUUGGUGUGCUGGUUUUCGAGAUGUGCUGUGGCUGGAGCCCGUUUUAUGCCGAGGACACUCAGCAGAUGUACAAGAACAUUGCUUUCGGCAAAGUUCGUUUCCCGCGCGACACCUUGUCUGUGGAAGGUCGCAACUUUGUAAAGGGUUUGCUUAAUAGGAACCCUAAACAUCGACUUGGUGCUACAUCCGAUGCGGAAGAACUAAAGCGCCACCCUUUCUUCAACGAUGUCGACUGGGAUGCGUUGUCGAAGAAGCUGAUUACCCCUCCGUUCAGACCAAGUCUCAAGUCCGAUACCGAUGUUUCCUACUUUGACCCCGAGUUCACCAACGCUCUGAACACCAAUGGAUCUUUGAACGAGAGGGCCGCAGCCUUAGCCAGAGGCUUUGCGACCUCAACACCCCUCUCGCCGUCUGUACAGGCAAAUUUCCAGGGCUUUACCUUCGUUGAUGAGAGCGCUCUAGAUGAGCACAUGAAGGACAGGUUCCAUGACGAGGACGAAAUGGAUGUAGACCGAAACAAGGACAAUGACUGGGACGACUUGGAAGACAUCGAUCCGAGGAAGUCAAACCGGAUGAGUGGCAUCGUUCGCACCACGACUAACGAUGAGCACAUGUUCGGGAACUCACAAUUUGACAUGUGA